AUGGGAUCACUGUCGGAUGAAUUCCCGCCGCUGGCUGCUCUUCCCCAACUUAGUCUACACCCAUCCAUUGAUGCAGAAGGGCUCUGUGCAGCCAAGAUCGCCAACGAAUGGCUCGCCUCCUUCUCCAAUAGCCUCUCCUCUGGCCGUCCAGACCAUAUCCAACCCCUCUUCCUUGAUACGGAAUCUUGGUGGCGCGAUAUUAUCGCCUUCUCAUGGGACUUUUCGUGCCAGAACGGGUCCAAGGCCAUCUCCAGCUACCUCACUAGUUCUACAAGUGGGUUUUCCGACCCAAAACUUGACCAGCCAGGCGCAUUGCAACCGCGGCUGGCUGACCUGGGGGGACUGCGCUUCAUCCAGGCUGGGUUCCGGUUCACGACCAAGUUUGGCCAAGGUAGGGGGGUUCUUCGCCUGGCGAACGUGGGGCCCGAGGAGUGGAAAGCCUGGACGGUCUUCACUGUGCUUGAGCGGCUGAACGGACAAGAGAAGCUGGAGGCACAGAGAGCGGAGGAGGCCGGGGUACAGUCAAGUGGAUCUGGAACCCCAUUGACCACUGACGACAGUAGUCUGCAAGUUCUGAUAGUGGGAGCAGGUCAAUCAGGCCUUGCUCUGGCCGCGCACCUACAAAACCUCGGGCUCAAAUAUCUAGUCGUCGACAAAACAUCCCGCCCGGGAGACUCAUGGCGUGCCAGGUACGAUUCAAUCAAAGCACACACCCCGAUAUACACAGACCACUUUCCGUUCCUGAAAUACCCUACCAAUUGGCCGCGCUACCUCGACGGAGAGCACAUGAGCAAAUGGAUUGAGCACUACGAGGAUAUCAUGGGUCUCAAUGUCAGACAUGACACGCUGGCCACGAAUAUUCAGUACCAUGCGUCGACCCAGAAGUACACUGUCGAGCUCCAAUCCAACGACGGCAGUGUACAGAGCAUCAACACCAAGCAUCUUGUCCUCGCCACCGGCAUACUCAGCGAUAUCCCCAUCCAGCCCGCCUUUCCCGGUCAAGAAAAUUUCAAGGGCCAGCUGUACCACACGGUAGCUCAUAAAUCCGCAAGCUGUGUGUCAGACGUGCAAAGCAAGAAAGUAACAAUCAUCGGCGCCGGGACCAGCGCACAUGACGUCGCCCAGGACUUUGCCAAUCACGGGGCAAAAUCGGUCACCAUAGUGCAGCGCAGUCCCAUUUUCGUUGUGUCUCCCAAGUCCGUGGAAGAGCUCCAAUUGAAGCUGUGGGAUACGCCAGGCUUGAGUACGGAGGAUGCGGAUCUUCUCGGUAACUCGUUGCCGACGGCUGUGGUUCGGACGCUUGGUGUUGGGGCGUCGCAGAUGAUGUCAGUUUUGGAUAAGGACAUGUUGGAUGGGCUGGAGAAGGCCGGAUUGGCAGUCAAGAGGGGCGACCAGGGCGACAGUAUCGUCGAUCACCAGCUUAUCAAAGCGGGUCAUUUCUAUGUUGACCAGGGGGCAUGCGAGAUGAUCAUCGAUGGCCGGAUUCAGGUGCGGAGAUGUGCAGGAGGCGUCCAGGAGUAUUAUCCCACCGGUAUCACCCUAGCCGAUGGUACUCAAGUCGAGUCGGAUGUGGUUGUCCUUGCCACCGGCUUCGAACGCACGCACAAGAGGAUCGAGCGGACCAUGCCUCGGGGAGUCAUGGACAAGGUGGGCGAGAUCUGUAGCUUGGAUGAGGAACAGGAGCGAUUGGGCGUAUGGAGACCGACUGGGAUGCCAGGGUUCUGGUUCAUGACAGGCAGCUUCCUCUGGUCGAGGCAGUUCUCUCCCAUUCUUGCUUUGCAGAUUGCCGCCAUCGAGUGGGGGCUGAACAAAGAGUAUCAAGGGUAA